AUGUACGGCGAUGAUGACUCAUCGUCGACGACGGCGGUCGGGCGGUGUUCGUUACAGGAAAGCCUGGGGAAAGUUGCGACGGCUAUUGAAGACUGGGACGAACCCGAAGCACCUCUAGAAUACAGAUUUGAUGAUGAAGAAAAUCAAAGCAACAAUCCCACGUCGGAACCAGAAGACCUCGAUUUCAUAGGUCAUGAUAAAACUCGACCACCGAUUUGGACUAAUACUAAAGGACUCGAUUGCAAUAAAACUCUGCAUGGUGGUAGUAUCCAAUAUUUUAAAAGUAGUAUAGCUGCCCAAUAUCCAGUUACAAGAUGGUGUGGGGACCUCGACCUUAUAGAAUUGUUCGGCGACUUUGAAAAGUUUUCCAAGAUUGCGAGUUGUUGCAGGGCACAUGAUACUUGUCCGGAAAAUAUGGACCCUGAUUCGAGUAAAUAUGGAUUAGUGAAUACCUGUCUUUUUGAAAGAACACUCUGUGAUUGUGAUAAGAGAUUUUACGAGUGUUUGAAAAAUGAUGAUAGUUUUGGAGCUAAUAGUAUUGGAUAUACGUACUUUACGAUUUUGGGACCGCAGUGCUUUAAACAAGAUUAUCCUAUAAUCGACUGUGUAGAAGAAAGUGGAGGGAGAUGUGAAGAAUAUUUGACAGAUACUGACGGAGAAAAAAUCUAUCAGUGGUUUGACAGCCCUAUAUAUUAA